AUGAAAACUUUUUAAGUUAGUAAAGACUCAUCAUUUAGGUAUUAAAAAUAUCAAAUAUAGGAUUUUAGUACCAUAAAAUAGAAUUGAAAUGGAAGAGGAAACAGUGGAAACAUAAAUGUAGUUAGAUUAAAAGAAUAUUUAUCGACCAAUUAAAAUAAUAUUUCCUCCUCCAAAUAAUUAAAAAAUUAUUACCAAUACAAAGUUAUUAUUAUACAAUAUAAAAAGAUCAUGUAAUUGUAAGAAAUCACAAUGUCUAAAAUAGUAUUGUGACUGCUUUGCUAACGGAUAAAUGUGUUCAGAAAAUUGCAAUUGUGUUGGUUGUUUCAAUAAUACUCUUAAUACUGAAUAAAGAAAGGAGGCUAAAGUAUAAAUUAUUAAUCGAGAUCCAGGAGCAUUUAAAUAAUGCUUCAAAGGAUGCAAUUGUAAAAAAUCUGGAUGCCAAAAGAAAUAUUGUGAAUGUUUUUUAAAUGGUCUAGCAUGUACACAUUUGUGUAGAUGUGAUGGAUGUCUCAAUUGCUAAAAGUGA